CUUUUGUGGGAGUGGCAGCACUGUCUGCAUUCUCCUUCUCCCUACCUCAGUCUCACUUGGUUAAAUUGACUUGGGAACAAAUUCUAACAACCCCCAAAAUUGCACCGUUUUGCGUCGGACCCUUUUUCCAAAUAUCUUGAAGCUCUUUGGGACUUGAGCGGAUGGGACAGAGCUGGGCUUUUGCCUCAAAUUUGGCAGCUUCCCACGGGCUUCUUUUGUGUCUCAGCUGAAGCUUUCGUUAUCCUGCUCAUCUCAAUCUCAGCGUGCUCCUCAAAAUUUAAGGGUCAAUUGUCGAGCUUCCAGUACCCUCAGCUCUUCAACUCCAUUACAUUCUAAAGCUACCUCUCACUCCUCCAUCAGAAACACUUUUCGCCAACAUGGCUCCUUUAUCUCGAUCUGAUAGCCCGAGCUCUUUUGUCACUCGUUUGAUUGCUCGGUCUGCUUUAUCUUUCAGUAGCAGCGAUGCCCCGACAGGUCCCAUCUCUCCUCGAGCUUUGUAUGAUUUAUCGCGGCGACAGGAUUCCAAUGGAGAUAAAUACAAUCCCGGUAUCGGUACGAUGGACCCAUACAGUGUCAACAACAAAGGGUAUUUCGCCCUAUUUGCGAUUAUCGGUGCUGUGCUCGUGUGCGGGGGCAUCUGGUUUUUCUUCUGGGCUAGGAAUGGCGGUUUCGUGUUCCGAAAGGGUGAUUGGGAUGAAUAUAAGUCGACCGUGUUGCGUAGGAAGGGUCCCGACGGAAAGACUCUAAGCAAUGCAACAAAAUCCACCGACCUCGGAGGCGACAGCAUCAAUGGCGACUUUGACGACGAUGAAUACUACGACUAUGCUCGGCAUAAUAACCGCGACCCCGACGUCCGAGAAUAUCGCCAUGAGAAACCGGCGAGAGUUGGUGGUCUCAAUAGAAAAGCAGACGGAAGUUGGUACGACCCCACCAACACCGAGCGCUCUGAUGACUUGAGUGUUUCCGCCCCGACGGCUGGCACAGAGGAGUUCAACGAAAAGAAGGCGGCCGCUGGCGCAGGAGCAUUUUCAUUCUUCAAUCGAAAAGGCAAGAACGACAAGGAGGAACGGAAGAUGAGCAAGAAGGAGCGAGCUGUCAGUGGCCACAAGCCUAAGAGAAACUUCUCCUUUGUUGCGGGCGAUGACACCACGACUAGUUAUACUGGUGAAGGCACAAACAGUUAUUAUAGCGACGAAUACCGAUCGCGCAGCAGCCAGCCCCAUCGUCAUCCGUAUGAUUACGAGUAUGAGAGGCAGUACUCAUAUGCUCCUCGGCCUCGGCGGGAGAGUGAAUCCAGACAUCACCGUCACCAUUCUCGAGAACCCUCCUCUAAUCGUCACCACUACCAUCGCGAGCCCUCGUCUCGUCCCAGCCGCAGCAGACAGUCUAGUCCGCGUAAGUACCAGCCUGUGUACUCGAACGACGCCUAUAGUGAGAUUAGCGGAUCAUACGGUGAUGACCAGACUGUUUCUACGGAAAUGGACCAGGGCACCAAAAUCUACUCGCAUCAUAUUCCCGGCUUGAGCAAGGGAGCGAGAACCGAUGCCAGCGCCAGCGCGUCUGAUGAUCGAAGUCGACGCGGUGGCGGCCGAGCCAAAAGAGAUAGGGGUUACCGUCGCGGCGGUGGACGUCGAAGAGAUAGUCUGAGCGAUAGUGAAGGAGAGACCUUCACUGAGAGAUCAUAGAGGUUUCUAUGAAGUGGGCUUGGUUUUAAGAUUUACUUGUCAAUGUUUCUUUGCCUUGUCAACAUCACAAGGAUGAACACAUGGUGGAAUAGCGAUCUGGAGUUAUUGAUUGGUAAUUGUUGACAUUUGCUACCUGACACGGACGACGGAAUCUCAGAAUUUUACUCGUCCGUUCAACAGGGCGAGCUGGUCGUUUGCCCACAAAGAAUGCACAUUUUUGGCAGUUGUUGAUAUGUUAUGGAUUUGGUGGAACGAAUGCAAUGAUAUGGAUGACAUGAUAUGUACAAUGCCCAAGUUUACAGGUCUCGAUACCUUUUUAGAUAGCAGAAUGUAAU